AUGUCAGGGAAAAAGAACCAAGAGAACUUUUACAAAGAUGGCAGUCAACCUGAAAACCAUUCUUCUAGACCUGAUAUACAGUUACCUGUGAGUUAUAUGUACCGCCUUCUGCAGGAGGAGCAGCAGUACACGCCAUGCCUAGGUUCCACCACAACAGAUUUCCUCCUUGCCAUGCUCAACUACCUUACCGACUACAUCCUGGAGCUCGUGGGCACUGAGGCCAGCAACAACAGUGAAGAUGACAACAACCUACCAGAUGGGGAGAGAGAAGGAGACAACAACUGUGAGCCCCCUCGCGUUUUCAAAGAUGCAUCCUCUCUGUUUGACAAGAUGCCUAGACCCAGGAGGAAUGGCUGA